UCUGUCCGUUGCCAGCGGAGUCAGUCGCAAUUUGCAGUUGGAACCGUUAUCGGGAGUUUUCGGCCGUGUUUUUUUCCGCCCUCUGUCUGUCGAAUCGUAUCGUUGUUCUCGGCUAACCAGUACAUAGUGCGUUGUGGGUGGAUGCAAAGCGAAGCACGAGGAGGAAACUCAUGCAUUGAGGGUGAGAUUUCGCAUUUGAAAUCGCUAGUUCUAGUGAUUGUCCGCAGUUCAGGGCGGGAAGUGGAGAGAAAAUUAAUAACCAAAACAAGGGAAUAAAAUAACAAAAAAAGGCAGCAUUGUUUUCCUUAGGUGAAGGGAGAUAAGGUAAACAAAAUAGAAGAGAAAAAAUACGGAAGUGCUUGUGUUUCUCCCUCCCCUAAAUUUUGUGUGCGUGACAGAAGGGGUAAACGAAAUUUUCUCGAUUACUGCUUCGGAUGCUGAUAAGCCAGUGCAAAAAGAGUUAGGAAAUUGCCGAAUCCAGAAAAAGAUAAGUUCAUACAGAUAACCCUUUCCACUGUAAAAGUGGAAAUUGGAUGUGUGGAAAAAUAGCUAAAGCUGAACACUCUGAUUAUGCAGUUAAUUGAAAAUUGUUUACCAGCCAGUGGGGAGUGAGAGAUAAGGAUUAGCUGUGUUUUCUUCAGUUGCCUGUGAAUUGAGUGUGUGAUUUAAUAAAAAAAAACCUACGCCGGAUGUGGGAAUUGCUUCCAGUGUGAUUCAGUUGAAAAGGCAGCAAAAAGCCAAUAAGUGGAAGUCGUUUGAGUUAAAAGUUCAUUCGUAAUUCCGAAGCACGCAUCAGGAAAAAUCGAGAGCGAAAAUACACAUAGAAAAGUGCUAAUGGAAAUAUCAUUGGAAAGUUAGCGCGCGUGAGUAGGAAAGAAGCAUUACAAACGAAGGAAAUAUAAUUUGUCUUUCAUCCCAGCAAAUAUCGCGCCUAAAAUUACCAAACGGAGUGAAAUUUGUGAUUGAAAACGAACAAAAUUGAAUCGCGUGAGUUGAGCGAGACGAAGAAGAUCGAAAUCUAACAUUUAAUUGGAUUAUAAAUCAGCCGUAGGAAAGGAACGGAAUUUUACGGCGAACGCAAGCAGAAAAAAAUUGAGGACAACGGAAACAAAGGACGCAUCAGCACAAAGCGCGCCGCAAGCUUCGUCAUCGCCAUCAUCAUCAGCAUCAUAAUCAACAUCAAAAACAUCAACAAGAGUACGCCCAACACGUUGAUAAGGCCUCUUACUUAUUCCGUCAUUUCUCGUAAACUCAGUGUAUUGUGUUACGGAGAGUCGCACACAGUUUCCCUCGCUCCAACGUGUAUCUUCAACGUACGAUAGAACACUCUAGCGAGCGCCAGAUAAAAUCACAUACCAACAGCCACAAACCAACACGUUAUCUUCCAACUCCGGCCACCUUUCCCACCAUCCCCUCCCUCAAUGCUGAGCAUCAACGCUCCGGAUGCAGACAGACUUCAAUCGUUCCCUUCGUCAACGUCAGCGGCAGUCUCAACGGCCAUCUCGGAAAACCGUUUCCCGGUUGAAGUUCUCUCCGAAACCACCCCACGAAUACUGCUAGCUAGUGACAGUGACAGUGCGGACAGCUUCCACCCACCAGAGGCAGCCGAGCGAGUGGUUGUGCUCCGUGCAGAGCAGCCGACCAUUGCUGACACCAGCGCCAUCGGUUCCGACCCAGAGGACACCGAUCUAGAAGAGAUGACCACCGUGGCGGCCGUUACCGCAGCUGCCAAUAAAGCAGUUGCAGCCCUCAUAGAGUACCGUCAGAGACAACAGCAGCAGAACAAUAAUCACAUGGUCCAGGGGAUGGGACCAUUUCCGGGAGCCGCCGGUUUCCCUCAGGCCCAGGCUGGCCUCGCUACCGACAGUCUAUCGGUACAGGUCGUCAAGGGAGCCGGGGCGGCAGGCGGUGGAGGCGUUGCCGGUGGGGGUGGAGGUCUAGCGGCGGCCGUUGCUGUCGCAGAUCACCAGCUCAACAGCCUUAAGCAGCAGCAGGAACUCAGCCAGCACCAACACCAGCAACAUCAGCAACACCAGCAGCAGCAAGCAGUGGCUGCUGCCGCCGCUGCACAGCUCGCCAAUUCACAGUCACUAAGAAAUACUGUCAGUCAGUACAGCUCUCCAGCAUCAGUAUUAGGCGUACCGCCGGGAGGUGCCCCACCGCCCACGUCGCUAGCCGUCGUAUCGCUGCCAUCGCUAUCCUCGGUGGUCGCCAGCAGUACGGCCACCGGAGUCACCAGUAGCCACCCCACGACCGCUGCUACAACCGGAGCAACAGCCACAGGAGGAGUCAGUGCCAUCAUCACCAGCGGAACGGGAAUCUCGAACGGAAUUGAACAACAGACUGUUAGUAUUAAGACCGAAUUAUUGCAGCAAACGGAACCGGAAACGCAAGUCUCAAGUGCCAAUAACAACAGUAGCAGUAAUACAACGCCGUCAGACGCCACCGCCAUCGCCAGCCCGAUAGCAGCAGUCCCCGCCAGCAGCAGUAGUAGUCCUGGAAUCAUGACCUCGGGAUGCAGCACCAUUACCACCUCCUGCACCGGAACGGUGGCGUUUAGUGCGGCCCAACAGCUAUCGGCAGCUGCCGCUGCUACCCAAAGUCAGCAGCAGCAACAACAAGCGGUGGUGGCCGCUCAACAGCAGCAGCAGCAGCAGCAUUCGAUCCCAAAUGCAGCCGCUCUAGUCGCAGCGGCCAACGCGCUGGCCGAGUCCAAAUCACAACCAAAGCGAUUACACGUGUCGAACAUACCGUUCCGAUUUCGGGAUCCAGACCUGAGAUCCAUGUUUGGGCAAUUUGGUACUAUCCUGGAUGUAGAAAUUAUCUUCAACGAACGAGGCAGCAAGGGAUUCGGUUUUGUAACAUUCGCUACUAGUGGCGAUGCGGAGCGAGCACGCGAACGUCUUCACGGCACUGUGGUUGAGGGACGCAAGAUUGAGGUCAAUAAUGCAACCGCACGGGUUCAAAGCAAAAAAAUUCCGGCUGUUUCAAGCGUCUUCCUGACGAAGCCAGGAGCUGUCGCGGCUCCUCCUCUGGCAGCGGUUUGCGUGCCAUGGCCACCAGAAGGCUACCGGCUGUCAAUGGGUGCCUGGCCCUGGCUAGGAGCCACAGCAGCCACCGUGGGUGCAAAUGGGGCUCCCUCGGCGGCCCUCGCCGCGGCAGCUGCAGCAGCAGGAGCUCCGACAUCCGCCGCCGCAGCCGCAGCGCACGCAGCAGCGGCAGCAUCGAACCCGGCGGCGGCCGCGGCAGCAGCAGUUGCCGCCAAUCAGAUGCCGAACGCGGCAGCCGCAGCCCAUGCAGCAGCCUCUCCCCUGCUGAUAGCCCAGGCCGCCCAACGAGCUGCGGUCGCCGCCCAAAGGCGAAGCGUGUAUUUUGAUCCCUACCUUGCGGCAGCCGCAGCAUCCGCUGACCAGAACUAUCGUCUACAGGCGGCUAAACCCGUGACAGAAGUACCAGCUCAACCGACUAUUUUGAACGCGGCAGCUCCACUGCUGAAAACGCCCCUAUCGCAGGCUCAGGCCCAGGCUUAUAGUGCUGCCACCUAUACCGCAGUGGCCGCCAGAGCUGCUUAUGGAGCAGCGGCCGCCGCUCAGCCCGCCGUCGCAGGCUACGCAACUGUUGCAGGAUACGGACGUGAAUACGCUGACCCAUAUCUCGGUCACGGAAUCGGACCAGUUCCCGGCUACGGGGCAACCAUGUAUCGAGGAACUUACAAUCGUUUCACGCCAUACUAAAUUUAAGUUCAUGUGUGAAGCAGAAAGCAUGUUCUAUAUUUUUUGCAUCUCACGCUGUGCCGAGAUCAUUAUUAGUAUAUAGUUGAAAAGCGUCGGAAUGAAAAACGAAAUUAUGAAAAAAAACACACACACACUGCUGCUCUCUUCCGACAGAGAAUAAGUACGACCGCGUAACUGCGAAAAUCGCGAACCGAUAUCGAUACCAAAGUUGUAGCGAGGAAGAAGCAUCCCUAGCUCGCACACAAACACACAGAAAUACAGGCAUGCCAGGGCCUACAACAAAAAUGCAGAGCAAACGAAACAAGAAGCUCUCCAAACCGAUGAUAAACCGGGAUCAUGACAGAUAAAAAAAAAAGUUAAAUCAUGACAGUAGCACAGAGACAGUUAAUCUCACUUUGAAUAUAUACAAAUAUACAAUCAUACCGUUUUUUGCUAGUAGAAUAGGGUUCAAAAUUGUAAAUCCUCAUCACAAAGAGUAAAAGUUUUUUUAGGUUAUUAGUGUCCCAAGGUGUAGGAAAGAAAACAACAAACAAACAAAUGCUCCUCCAGCUGAAGUUGAUAGUUCCUCAUAAUUGCUUCGUUUUUUCCCGAUAAGCAGACCUCUGAAAGCUUCCGUUAUUUUCUUUGUAGUGGACUUUUCGUACAGAGAAAUGCACAAAAUCUGACAGUUUAGAAUUUGUGAAUUAAGAUAGGAUGAUAGAGUUCAAAUUUUUCACACGCCACAAUAGACGAAUGGGAAUGGGAUGUGGGAAUGUGAAAAGAAAGUAUGAUGCUAAAAGUGGAUGAUUAUGAUGAUAUGAAAAUCGAGAUAUUUGUAGAAUUGUUGAUAAUAUCCAGUUUAGGUUUUUUUCUUGAAAGCGGCUGCUUUCGACAGAUAGAGAAGAAAAGGAAUGAUAAAACUGCUCAAAAUUAUAAUAAAGUCAAAAUAGAUUGCAGUUUGAAAUUAAAAUGUCAGCUUCAAUUAUCCCACUGUCGGUAGUAGAGGCGUGUAAAUACUCUGGUACUGCAAUUGAUUCCCGCCAAGUUAGUCAUCCAUCAAAUUGGCGCUUUGAAGCAGUUGAUUUGCGUUGCCAAUGAAGAAGCGCCGAAAUUGCAAUGAUUUUAUAUUAAAAUCAUUAUGCUCAAGUCACAGUGAGCGUAGCUUAGGCAGCAGCAAGAUCUACACACUAGACUGCAACAUCAACAACAACAAAAAUUUGUAUUAACAUAAACGAAUAAUGAAAAAAAAAACACUCAGCCAAAGGUAUCGACUAACACAUCAACCCGAGAUCAACACACAAAGUCAAACAAAAGGAAGCAAAACGAGUAUAGUCAGUAGAAUGAAUAGAAAAUACACCCCCAAACAACUACCAUAAGUAAGGUAAGGCGCCAAUUACUCAAUAGAUUCAGCGUGAAUUUCAAAAAUUCCUCCAAGUGUAGAAACAUGCGCUCCUCUCGCUAACUAGCAGAUAGCUGGAAGUAGAACAAGUGUUCCGUUUAGUUUGGCAGCUUGUGGCAGUUUUGGUGUCUCUUCCAAACAAAAAACCUGUAGUCAUCCGAUCAAAGUGAUAAGAUUAGACCAAAAUAAGUAAUAAGAGAUAAAUAGAAAAUCCGUUAUCCAGUGUAAAAUGGGAAUAAAACUUCUCACGCACACACCCACACAGCAUGGCAUGAACAAAUCAAGUAAUACUCACAGCUCAUCUAGUACUGCUCGGAGGAGGAAGGUGAAGCAAAAACAAAAAGUAAGAAACCUGAACUGUUGACAACAUUUCCGACAUUUUUUCUAUGUUCACAAGAAUCAAAUUGAAUGAGAUUAGGGCGUUUAUGUUCAACCGAUACACGCUAGGUAUCGUAUUAUUUACAGUGAAUGCUGAUAUUUUCCUCUAUUUAGUCAUACAUAUAUACAUUAUUAUCAUUGCUAGUUGUUAUACCGAAUGGAGUAAGUCGCGAUAAUCAAAUAAUACAUCACAACUACCUACAACACAACACACGCACAGACACACACAUUCAUAUAAAACAAAUUGAAACAAUUCACACACAGAAAAACACAAUUUUUUUCUUCAAUCAGGGCAUUCUAUUGUUGUAAGAUUUAUCGUAUUAAGUUUAUUUUUAUUGAUUUUAAAGUGUUUAGAGUAAGGUUAACGCCAUCAUCGAUUCGAUCGUGUUUUGUUUCGUUCACAAGCAAAGUAAUUUUUCGUUCGAUCUAGUACUACUUUGUAGAUUUUUUUACGCACAACUCAUUGAGUGUGGAAUUCAGUUACUCUCAGUUAAGGAUAGAAUGUGGUUUUGUUACAUUUGGUUUGAAUGGGAGGCCCUUUCGUGAAUUUAGUUGGAUAAAGACAGUAUUUCUGGAGAAAUGGUUAGGAGCUCUAUUCCUGGAAAAUAGAACUAGAUCAGUUUUUUUUUGUUGCGUGUUGGGGGUGAUCUGGCGUAGCGGUUGUCAUCCGUACCUCUCACGCUAAAGAUCACGAUUUCAAUUCACACUACCGACAUUCUUCCUUCAGAUUGGAAGUAAAACCGUGGUCCGAGUGACGAACUAGCCUAGUCAGAAGGUUAAAAGUUAGUAUAAUAAUACAGAAAACAAUUGUUGCGUUCUUCAGACGAUUUUUUCCUCAAUCGAAUCUUCAAAAUCCCAGAAGACAAUUUCAUGUUGCAAAUAGCAAGAAUCGCGAGAUUGUAAUUUAGGAUAAUCGCAACAGCUACUUCCAACAUGGGAGGACCGAAAGCAUUAAGAACACUCCAGGGAUUAUGGGAAUUUUGACUUACUAGGAAAUGAUGUUGUAACGUUUUGUUACCAUCUUGUCGUCGACGGGGAAGUUGCAAUUUUCGUUUCCGAGUCAUUCCUUGUUACAUCUUCAUUUAAUCUUCCCCGCGAUGAAUUAUCAGAAAUGGGUAUCCUACUAAACAAAAAAAAAGAAAGAGGAUGACAAAGAAGUGGGAAAGGGAGAAGAGAUUUCGAUGAAAGGGAGAGAGUGUUCGAUGAAAAGAUUGGAAAUGAGAGCAUUUUUGUGGGAAGGGCCAGGGCCGUGAGUGGUGAAAAUACCAAGCGCGCGGUGAAAAAUUGAUCAAAAUCGAUAAAUAAAAGCGGGAGUCGGUUUCCGUGUGACGUGCGAGUGCGAUUCGUGGAUGUGUUAUCCGAGCUAAUGGUCGAAGGGUUUCCCGCUCGAUCAUCCCUGAUCGAAUUCCAUUUGGACAAUGGUCCAAGGGCAAGGGCCUCGUCGGGACCGUAUCGGCUCUGUGGUGGACAUGACUAGCUUUGUCUUUUGACAUUGCAAUUUUUUUGAACUAAUAACUGUAAAUAAAAUCAGUACGUUUUUUUGUGUUUGCUAAACUGAUUUCAAGGUUGAGAAAAAAUAAAUAACUUAUCUCUUAGAUAAGUCGUCUUGCUCAAACCUCUGUAGGGGAAGGAGGCGGGACCAUCAUAAUCAUCAAAAAAUUCCUGGACGCAGUGCCAUUUUCCCCGAGUUUCCCAUGACGAAUUGGAGCCGCAACAUCCGGUGACUGGCAAUUCCAACCAUAGUGCCGCGAAUAUUAGAUAAUCAAGAAAAAAACAUGCCUUUCUCGGCGUUAGUAGCUGGUCAAGGUCAGGGAACGUUCGUUGCAAUAUAUUGCUGUUUUCCUAAAAGCUUUAUGUAGCAGUGAUAGCGCAUUGAAGCUCGGGUCCCAAGAAGUUUUCCUGUACAAAGAACGUUUUCGCAUGCAGGCCCAGAAACGGCUUCAAAAGUCUUACAACAAAUACGAAACUUUGUUCAUCGUCUGUACUCAAUGAUCGGUAACGAUAAGACUCAAUGACGCCGCAAAGUAACUCUCCAAUGUUCUUCCGCCGAAAACUCUCGGAAUUCUCCUUCCGCCAAUCAUCAUUUGGUUCCUUCUAGAAUGCUAGAGCUGUAAACCACCUGAAGCAGGGUCGCUUGAUUCGCUACAUUCACCUUCGGUUUUUGUUCACCAGUCGGGUUUAGAUUGUUCUACAUUUCUAACUGUGAUAUUGAAAGUGUUUCCAAAAAUGCCGUAAGAUAAAGAUAGGUUUGUCAGAUGCAUCGUUACUCUCCAAGAUGUAUCAAACCUUUUUUUUCAGACUGACCUCGACACUGAAAAUUUCUUCCGAUAGUCGCCAUGCCCAACCAAACGCCAAUGCUACCCAAACUAUUAAUUUCCUUUAACGUCACAGUUUUUCUCAAAAGUUUUUUUUUAUAUUUCUGGAAAACUGUGAGAAGCUAGGUUCAAAAGGACCAAAACACUCAAUAAGGGGGAUACCAUAUUUGGAAGAAAAAUUGAUUUACCAAUUGAUAAUCAAAAUACCAAACAAACGAUUUUUCAUAAUUUAUUUACCCGUUCAAGUAAUGUUAGUCAUAAUCAAAAUUCCCUUUGUGGUACUCAAAGUUCAAGUACAUUUCAACAAGGUACCUAAUAGCUUCAAGAAAAAGUUUUUUUGGUUUGAAUUUAGUGCUUGAAAACUGUUUAAAUUCAAUAUACAACUGAUUGACACAUAAGAUCACUCUGACUGCAUAUUAUGAGGGUUUUUUUUUCUUUCUGUAUUAUAGUGACUUUCAACACUUUUGGCUGGUUCGUCACUUUACUUCCAUUUCGGAAGACCGUCGGAAGUGAGAAUUGAACUCGUGACCUUAAGCUUGAGAGGUACGGAUGUUACGGCUGUGCCAGAUAGUCUCCCUCUAACUAUCAGGGUUUUUUUUUUGGAAAAUUCACCGCAAUUUGUAUGCAAAGGUCUUUGAAAAUAUAGCCUUAUAUAGCCUAUAUUUACUUAAUAUAGCCUAUAUUUACUUUCCUGAGUGACGGAUUCAAGUUUUCCUCCAAUACUUUGACGUAGGAUUCACCAGUCAUCUUUCCAUCGAUCUUGACAAUGUUGAUCACCCCAUUCCAGGAAAACACCCCCACACAAGCAGUGAUCCUCCUCCGUGUUUAACUCUUGCCUGAGUAAAUCUGGAUAGCAGACGCUUCAGGCAAGGAGUUCGCUUACUUUUCUCCGUGUUUUUUUUAGCUCACACGGUUCAAACAAUCUUCUUUCAAAAGUCAUAAGGGCGAGAAAUUUGCGAAAUCCAGGCGGUUUUUGGUUUUGAAUUUCCAUCGACUUUUGGCCCAUCACCAAAGUAUCAAAUAAGUAUGCUUAAUAUCAUCUAUAUUUAGAUAGUUCGGAAAUAUCUUUCGUUUGUACCUUUCUCACGAUACCGAAAACGAAGCUUGACAAACAAAUAACAUAAUGUUCUGGCAAAUGUUUCGAUUAGAUCGAAUAUGCCAGUCUUGUUUACUUUUGAUUUUACGACAACAAAUCGACAGAGCUUCAGACGAAAUUUGCUAUCAUCUAAAUAUAAGCAGCGUAGUUGUAUUUGUUACAUCAAGGUAUUCUGACUAGAUUAUAUAGAAAUGAUCAAAUCACCUUGUUAAUAUUCGAUUAAUCGUUACUAGUAGCGAAAGUUAGUGAUCCCCGAUAAUCGUUCGAUUAAUCGAUUAAUCGAAUACUUCUGCACAACCAAUAAUCGAAGCGAACGAAUAAUUGACGUCAAUUAAUCAAUCCAAACCCAGAGCAAAAAAACCGUACGGUCGCUGCAGUUUUAUCCUGAAAAUCAAUCAUUAUCUUUGACGCUCUCCUAAACUCCUAAGAAAAGCUCAAUGCCGUCGAUUCGAAAUAAGCUUCGUUUACGAGUUUAGGGGAGCGUAAAUGAUAUUAAUUGAUUUUCAGGAGGAAUGAACACUGUUUUGAUUCCAGAUGGCUUUCUAACAAAUGAGAAAUAUUAGUCUAACUAAUUAUUUCUCUCAGUGUGACGAUUAAUCGAUUAAUCGAUUAUUUGAAGCGAUUAAUCGUAUCGUAUAACAAACUGCUGAAAAGUAUUCGAUUAGUGGAUGAACGAUUAAUUUCAAAAAUCGGGGAUCACUAGCGAAAGGUGCCAGUUGUUUACUUCUUUCCAAUACUAUAUACCAAAGCACCGCCUGCUAUGACAAAUCAUAGGGGAAGUGGGGGCAUAGUGGUCACCCUGUGGAAUAGAAUUUCGAAGAAUUUCGCGUUUUUCGAAGAAUAUUAUAGUUCAACUCAUUGUUAUUCAAGAUAGCAAACGGCUUUUACUAUAAAAAAUCAAAAUAGUACAUUUUUCAUCAUUAGAAAAAAGGUGAAAAUUUUUUUUUUGCUUGAAGGCAAAGUGAUCACUCUUACAUAUCAAGCUAAAUGGGAUAGAUUUAUGCGUUUGUUUCGUCCAAAUUUGUUCAAAUCGUAUUUGAUGUAGUAGGUACACGUAUGAAAUAAACUUGGCCUAUUCACCUAUAGUCUCAAUUUAAAUUUUCUCAUGCAUUCAAAAAUGUAGUAAGAAACACAUAACAUUCCGCAUAAUGAAGCUUGGUUUAGUUGGAGUGGCAUAUUUUUCUAGGGUCAAAGUCACAAAAGGUACCUCUUCAAGAGCAGAAUGCGAUGAGGUAUAUCAGCUUUAGUAAACAGAACAUCGUAAGCCGUUAUUCACCUAUGACCACUUUGCCCCCAAACAUGAAAGUGAGUGCUAUGCUAAUUAAUCGCUGAGAUUAAAGAAAACAUCUGUUCACCUCUCCUAGAUUAUGUGAACAGUCGCCAAACUGAUGAUAUGUCCAACAUAUCAGAUUGAAUAAACUAAAUUUCAUGAGAAAUUCCUUAGAUACCCUGCGGACAGAACUAUGGUCGAAUGGCUAUCGAGAGAGCAAUUUCUUUUUUAUUUAUAUUUUGACAUGCGACAGCUCUACUGAAGAACAGGGUGACUCAAAAGUAAUUAAAUGCUUCAAACAUAAGGUGAUUAUCAAUACAGCAUCUAUAGUCAAUAGUUUUAGUAGCGAACAAGCUAGUGACCACUUUGCCCCCCAUGACCAAUUUGCCCCCACUACCCCUAUGGAGUUUAUGUCCGCUUAAUUUCGAUUUAGAGCCCCCGCAGACUGCAGACUGAUUUGACUCUUACACUUCAGUAGCAUAAGGCCCCGAUGACAUUGCUUCGGAGUACAUAUGAAAACAUGAUUGUACGAUGACUGACAAAAAGAAACAAACUAUUUUGUUCGAUCGAAGAAGGCGAUUUCGAACGAAGCACGGAGACGCAAUGUAACCACACCAAUACAUUCCAAUGUAGUUGUUUGCAAGCUGCAAGCAGUGUCACCGCGGCCUAAGGCGGAAACGAAAAUAUGGCUGCACGAAACGCAUUCAGUCGUGAGAAGUAAAUAACAACAUAGAACUGUUAUGGUGUGGUUACAUUGCUUCCUCCUUUCUUCGUUCGAAAUCGCCAGCUUAUAGUGAACCACAUUAUUUGUUUCUCUUCGUCUCUCGUGUGCGAUCGUAAGAAGCAGGGCUCGGCAAAGUCAUAUUCAACUGAAAAUCGUUAAGGGACUAUGAAACCAUUCGUCUAUUGUUCUAUGAAGCCAAAAGUGUUGAAAGUCACUAUAAUACAGAAAGAAAAAAGAUGGAAAUUUGUUUUUGCUUCUUCCAGCAGGUGCUCUGUCAACAUAAAUCAAAAAUCAUUCGGGCACUUUCGUUGCUACCUACUUUUACUUCGUCCGUGUUCAUUUCGUCGCCUGCUUCGAGCCAACAAAAUUGUCAGUUUCUUUUCGUUAGGUAGCCCACUUUCUAACUUUUUUAAAAACUCUCAUGCACUGUCGUCUUGCUGAUCGACCAAGUACCAUUUCUGUUGUGCCUUGUGACUUCCCUGGUGAAGAUUCACUAGGACUUAUAUGAGAACUUAUAUUGAAUUCAAACUUUUUCAUUGAUUAAUUGAUUGAUUGAUCAAUCGAAGAUGAAAGAUCUUAUCGAUCUUCAUACAUUGCUUUGUUUUACUUCUUUGUUUUAAGAGGCUACAAAGUUUGCAGUUCAUUCGCCUCUAUUCGUACAUUGGUACACCCGUAAAGGAGUACAUAAAACCCAGAUCUAGCGAAUCUGCGAUGGCAAAUGUACAGUGUUGACGCCUGGUGGCGACAUACGAGUUUAGGUCACUAGUCUGUCAGAUUAGAAGGCCCUAAGCCAUUUAUCUAAUCGUUUGGCUAUACAUUUUCUAAUAUUGUCACAAAAACGCACCAUCAUAAUCAGACCUAUUUUUCAUUUAAUAUUUAAAAUUUAAUAUAUUUAAAAUUUAAAAAGAUGAAUACCAUGUUUUGAUCAAACUUUGUUUUUUGAUGGAAGAAACUCCUGAACAGUCAAUGCAGUAGUUGACGAAAUGUUAUUCCACUUCUACUGGUUCGAGAACAACAAUUUAUCGGUGAUUUAGUGAAUUUAGGAUGGGUCGUACAAGCACCGCAGAUGCACCUCGCUCUGGAAGGCCAAAAAAGGCUACGAAUCCUGGAAUCGUAAAACAAGUACAUCGACUUGUUUUGAACGAUCGUAAAGUGAAGUUACGUGAGUUAGCUGAGGCCGUAGAUAUUUCAAAAGCACGAGUGGGAUACAUUUUGGACAUGAAAGUCCUAUCCGCACGAUGGGUGUCGCGUUUGCUGACCGUCGACCAAAAACAGCGGCACGUUCAACAACCGGUUUGGCGUUGUUGGAGCGUAAUCGAGUGGACUUUUUUCGACGUUUUGUGACAAUGAAUGAAACGUGGAUCCAUUACCACACUCCUGAGGCCAACGGGCAGUCUGCAGAGUGACAAUAUUUGAUGCGAAGAACAUAUGUUACGGAUGUGGAAAAGUAACCUUCCGAAAUAUUUUGACAUUCGGAAACAUCUCACGUGUUAUGGGAUCCCUGUUGUUCGCACAUGAUCAACUUCAUUUUGGAUACCUAGUGGCUCAAAAUGUUAUGCUUCUUAUUUCGAACUUCAUGCAGUCAUGCUUAAGCUUGAAUCAGAGUGCGUCACAUUGACAGUUAUUCUUGAAAGCUCUUGGUAAAAAAAGCUACAUGUACAAAUAAUUUGUCCGGUUAUAAAUUACGAAAAAUUGGUAGUAUUUACCAUAAAGUUCAUCAUAUAUAUCAUUUUUCUCUGAGAGUGUACACACGCGCACAAUGAUCCGUGACGUAGUUUCCUUCAUUGUAACAUAUGCUUUUGUUUAUUCUCAAAAAUGAAAUAAUUGAAAUGCACCACAUAGAUUGGAAUUACAAAUUCAUUUGUUGAAUGACGAUUUGGCCGGAAGCUGUACAAAAAACCAGAGAGCGGGUAUCACUCUCGUUUACUAAACCUCAUGCAAUGAUGCUUGAAUUUUACAAUUUAGAACGCUUCAAUAGACUUGAAAAAUUGAUCAUUCAAUUUACGAGUGCAGGAUUCGUUGUAUAUAAAUUGGAAAACAGUUCACGUAUUCCAAGCGAAGAGAGUUAUCCAAUCUACCUAGGUGUUCAAUAUAUCCCUAGUUUUCCGACCGCAGAAAUCCAAAUUGAUUCGUCAUGAAUAUAUACCAAAUGCUAGCAACGAUUGGUCAAAAACAAAUAUAUUCACAUCGUCUUGGCCUCCCGAUUCAUUUAUUGACGGAAAACAAGUACUCAACACUUAAAAAUAUAAUAGUUUAUAUCAUAUCAGAAAUCUCACUUAUUUUCUUUGCACCACUUAAAAUACUCUUCCAAGCGUAUAGCAGUUAACCCUAGAGAAGAUCCUUCAAAGUUACCACCAAAUUCUGGAAAUUGAACUGAAAUUUCCGUAGUUAUUUGUAAGGGACGUGAACCCGAGUGUCAUUCGUUCCUGCAAUCUGUAGUGGAACAAAUCUACGUCUUAUACGUCUACUUUUCAAUUUUUAAAUCCGUUCAAAGAGAGAAAACUUUUUAACUGAAAUAUAAAAAAGAGAAAAAAAAGCGAAACUGUAUUCCACCAGCGUAAAAACCAACAACAAACAAAACAAAAAAGAAACAACAUGAACAAAUUCUACUGGGACGAAAAACAAGAACAAGAGCGUGUGAACAUACAAGUAUUUUUUGAUAGUAGUACUAUUUUUAAGGCAAAUUCUUCGAGUGCAGCCAGAACCUAUAAAAUUUAUAUACACGCAUAUAUACAUACAUAUAUGGUAGAAGAGGGGAAGCAGGAUAAGCGAUCCUCCGCAAAACAUAAUACGGCUCAAAAAGAUGAUCAAAUCCCAGAUUUUAGAGGUAGUGUGGAAUCGAUGGAAGGUGACGACGAGUAAAACCAAAACACUAGAGAAGUAAUUGAUACGGUAAACAUUAUUAUUAUUAUUAUUAUUAUUAUUAUAAGUAGAGCAGAUGAACAAGAAAACCUGAAACCCGAUCACACGAUAAUAGAUUUGUAAGGCAAAAAAGAAUGAAGGAGAAAAAAACGAGACAACACUCACCAGAAGAAAGCGUCUCUCUAAGAACGCGCAAGCCAUAUUCGUUUUAAGGUCGAACAAGUGUUUUUAAAAACUGAUUUAUUUUUUUAACCGAGUAUAUCGCCUAGUUUUGUUAUAGAUUAGAUAUUGAGCUAAUAUGCGCAAAACAAAAAAAUAUGCAACACAAUAAGUAUAUUCUAGUGAUAAAUUGUAGAAUCUUCCGUAGUCUUGUUCUUCAGCAGCUGAUGAGAAGCCAAUUUUCUGAAACGAGCUUAAGAUGCGUUCGAAAAUUACUUUUAUAACCAAAAACCAACGACAGAAAAAAAUGUGGGCAGUUGGGUAUAGCAGGUAAAAAUGUGAAGAAAAAUGAAAUGCUCUCUUCUAGUGCGAAACAAGUCAGCCAUAAUCGCCGGCGAAUCUCUGAUGAUAGCAUUAAAUAUUCCCGUCACUUGAAAUACACAAACUUUUGCUGUAGCUUCCCUGUUUGAUGGAAAUUUCUGUAACAAAAAAAAACAAACAUACAAUUAUGAAAGCUAAUUCAAAAUGUAAAAUGUCUUUGUAAAUAAUUGAGUGUCUAUAUUUUUGUCUCUCUAGCAAAAGAUACAAACUUUUUUGAAUUCGCAACCGCAAAGAAAAUGCCAAUGUUUACCAUCAUUCGCUCUUUACGAUGAAAAAAAUUGAUAUUGCAAAUAAAUUUACAAAAAAAAGCCGCAGUGUGAAGCGAAAAGAGAGCGCAGCCCACACAAAAUUCAGUAAUCUCAACUGGAACAGAGAAAAAAAAACAGUGAAGUAGCUUUAAACAAUACUCUUCCAGUGUAGACGGAACGUAAAAAAUGGGACAAUCUUUGCCCAAUGUGAACACUAUGCAACAUCACAUUUUCACGGAACGAGAAAAACCUUUACGCUAGAGGCGAAUGAAAUGCAAAAGUUUAAAGCCUCUUAAAAACAAAGAAAGAAGAAGAAGAAAAACCUUUAUAUUGGGUCUGUGGAAGGUCAGAAAAAAGGCAGCACACAAAAACAAACGCUAAAAGUAAGCUCAAAUUUAUUGUCACAAACUAUCAAUAAUCUUAGCGCUUAGAACGACGAAAAAAUAUUGAACAAGAAAAAAAAACACACACACACAAAAGAGAAGAAUCUAGAGGUAGAAAUAAUUUUAAAUUAGAGAAAAGAAAAAAAAAUCGAGGAAGUAAAAACUCCCCAUUUUCGCCAAAUUAUUAUUACUAUUAAAAGUAUAUUACAAUUAUAAACUCUAAUCAUAAUGUUAUUAAGCGAGAAUGAGAAAAAAAGUCAGGAGGACACAAAAACAACAAAAUGCUCUUGGACAGGAUAAAAGAGACUCAGUGGAAAGCGUACUGGAAACAGAGUAAAACAUGACACAAAACAAAAAAAAAUCUCAACCACAGCUACCCGUAGAGACUACAGUAAAUAGAACCCAUCUGAAAAAAAAUACAUAGAAUCAAAGAAAUGUAAAUCUCUGGAUUAUUCUCAAACAUGACUAGUGAAAACAAAAAAAAAACCACAACAAAACAAGCAAGGAAAUGCGUAAUUGAGGAAAAUGGUAGGACUCAUAGGAGCAACAAAAAAAACGUAUAAAAAUACCACAUGUUCUUCUUAUUUUGUAAUAAAAUCUCGUAAAAUGCCAAA